AUGGCGUUGUCGGCUCCUGAGUACCUGGCUCAAGGUCAGUCAGAACAGUUGAAGCGAAUUCUCUGGGUUGCCACGGUGCUUCCGACCUUGUUUGUGCUUAUGCGCUGCUACACGAGAGUAUGUCUAAGGAGAGUAUUCGGACUCGAUGACUAUUUCAUGGUGGCGGCGGUGAUGCUUCUGAUUGCGUAUGCUGCAGUCUUGACGGUAGCCGCAGACAAAGGCCUGGGCCGACAUCUCGAAUAUGUUGCGCAGAAUCCGAAAAAUGUCCUAGACGUGGCUCUACUCAGUUUUGUGUCACAGCCUUUGGUAAUUAUGUCGUGUGCGUUUGGGAAAACUUCCUUCGCCUUGACAUUGAUCCGAGUGGCAGCACAACGGUGGGUCAUUGUUGUGCUCUGGUUCAUGAUUAUUUCCAUGAACGUCCUGCACAUUUUGAUUUCCAUCUUUGUCUUUACGCGAUGCGAUGACCCUCGCCAUCUGUGGAAUCCCACGAUUCCCUCGAAAUGUUGGUCGGCAGAAGUCUUUGACAAUCUUUCGUUGUUUAUCGGCUCAUAUUCAGCUGCGACCGACUUCAUUCUUGCACUGUUGCCCUGGGCUAUUCUCUGGAAGCUGCAGAUGAAGAAGCGAGAAAAGUUUGGCGUUGCCAUUGCUAUGAGUCUAGGCAUCUUUGCAGGUUCCAUUGCCAUUAUCAAGAUUCAGCAUCUCGUUGCCAACUCCGAUGACAAAGACAUUACCUAUUCCCUUGCCUCUCUAUUGUGGUGGGCUGGAGUAGAAAAUGGCGUCAUCCUUUUAGGAGCUUGUGUCCCAACCCUUCGUCCCUUGCUCAGGAAGGUCUUCCCAGGCUCUUCGGCGAGGAGAGAGGAGCCAUCUGACAACAGCGAGCUCGUCACUUUUACCAAUUUCAACAUGUUUGCCCCGAAAAGCAAGCGUGGACAUUGGAGUACAACAAUAGAAACCGAGAAACCUCACGAUACCUCAGACGAUCAGAGCGACAAGAGCAUACUCAAACGAUCCCCUGAAGAAAACGAAAAUAUCGAAAUUGUUCGCCAUCCUAGUCGACGUACUACCCGAGCUCUAUCAGAAUCUUUACCACACCAUAUCCAAAAGACGAUGCAAGUGGAUGUUAUUUACGAUGAACCAUGA